ACGCAAUUAUUUCUUAAGUAAUACUGGUUGGAGUAGUGUGAGAGUGUGCUGUGAUGUGUGUCCGGGUGGUUUAAGCGUGCUACAUGUUGCUUUGUUAACGGCGCAACGGGGAACUCUGUGUGUCAAGGAGGGAAAAAACGUUCUCCUCCUCCUGUGAUAGAGAGAGGGCCGAGGGAGUGCCAUGCGUUACGAAUCUACAGCAUCUUCGCAUGACGACCGUUUAAUUCAACAUACGAGAAGCUACACGCUGUCCACCGCGACUACAUUCAAUCACUGAUUUGGGAUCGUUUCUACCAGUUCAAAUACGACCUGGGCUUUAAUUCACAGAGACGCUGAAAGAAAAACUAAAAACAUGGGAUGCAAUAUGGGCCGAUGCCUCGGUCCAGACGAUACGGGGUACCCUGGAUCAGAAUUCAUGGCAGCCAUUAGGAAGAAAUUGGUUAUCGUGGGUGAUGGUGCUUGUGGUAAAACAUGCUUACUCAUAGUCUUCAGCAAAGAUCAGUUUCCUGAAGUUUAUGUACCUACAGUGUUUGAAAACUAUGUUGCAGACAUUGAGGUUGAUGGAAAGCAGGUUGAACUGGCUCUUUGGGACACAGCUGGGCAAGAAGAUUACGAUAGGUUGCGCCCAUUGUCAUAUCCUGACACAGAUGUAAUCCUAAUGUGUUUCUCUAUCGAUAGUCCCGACUCCUUGGAGAACAUUCCUGAGAAGUGGACACCAGAGGUGAAGCACUUUUGCCCAAAUGUGCCCAUUAUCCUUGUUGGAAAUAAAAAAGACUUGCGCAAUGAUCCUAAUACCAUCAAAGAGCUUAGCAAGAUGAAACAAGAACCAGUUAAACCAGAAGAAGGUAGAGCUAUGGCUGAAAAAAUCAAUGCUUUUGCUUAUCUUGAAUGUUCUGCUAAGAGUAAGGAAGGUAUUAGGGAAGUGUUUGAAACAGCCACUCGGGCAGCGCUACAAUUCGUAGGUAAAAAAGAAGAAAAAGGGAAGAUGUUGGCUCCUAUAAUUCUUGAACUGUCACCGAUAAUGAGACAACACUAAUGGAAUUGCUAGUUGCAAUGAAGCUAGUUGUUAUGCCGGAAGCCCCCAGCGGAAACUAUAAUAUAACAACAACAACUUAUCUUCAAUUAUUUUACACAAUAAAACAAGUCUAUAAAAAAAAAGAAAAACUACCACAAAAUACGCCCACAAUACAAUAUAUACAAUAUAUGCAAAUUAAAAUCCGUUGCAAAAUUUGCAAGUGUUCUUUUAUAAUAAUUUGCAAAGAAUGUACUGUUAAUUACGAUUGUAUCAGUUAAUCCUUUAUGGACUCUCUCUAAUGUUGCAAUAAGUGCGAUCGUGUUUUAAAUGAAAUAAAUUACUAAGAAUUUGUACAAACA